AUGUACUCAUAUGAAGGCACCGAUUGCUACUUUGGUUGGUCCGGAACACGGCACAAGGAAUCAGCGUUUUGGGAGCAGCAGCGAAAGGAGAUCCAGAGGAGGCAGAAGAACAAGAUUCUGGAUCAUUCGGGUUUCGAGCUAGACUUUGAUUCCCUGACAUUGGCGUCUCGCUACGAAGGAAAGCCUGUUCCCUGUUUGCACAUUCGGGGGACGUCUGGUUUGUUGGUUGAGCUUGAUGCCACCUCACAAAAGGGAGAUGACAUUCCUGAGAAUAUUCCAGGCGUCUCUGCCAUUGAAUGGCGCCUUUUUGAAGUGUUUAACCGAAACUAUCCCGAAGCCCUUGACCAAUACAAUUCCUUCCCUUCACUCACAAUCUCAUCCUUUCAUGCCUCCUUGUUCAGUUCAAGGACGGAUGACAGAAUGUCGAUGGAUGACCCUAAUCUCCCAAAUGAGAUGUGCGAUGAUUCUUUAGGCGGUGGAGCCGCUUUCCCAUCCUUUUCUAUGCUUGAAUUAUCGCAGUCCGACUUCGGCGUGGAGUAUGCAUUCAUGUACAACUGUGUUCGAGUAUAUGUCAUCAUCCUGUCCCAAGAUUUGGAGGGAGAAGGUUCGAUUCUGAACGAGUUCGACAAUUUCAGGAUCAACCUCGACGACCCUGAUACUCUGUUCCAGUUCGAGGAAUGGAUCCUCGGCCAUCUCCAACCUUUCCUCGACAAAGAGGCUCCGACACCCUUUCGUCAAGAACCCAUGAGUCUUCUUCAGUACUUUUCUCCUCGAACUUUUGCUUUCAAACUUGUAAACAAUGAAGGUCAACUUGACGCCAUGGAACUGGAUUAUGACCCCGCUGUCAACGGCGACUCGAGCCCCAAGACUCACAUUGUUGAUGUGCCGGCCUCUUCACCCCAGCUCCGUGGUCACCAAUCAAAGGACGGCGUGGUCUUGCGUUCUGAAUUACCUUCCGUUCCCCUCAUCGCCGCCUCAGAACUCGUCCGGGCCGAAAAUUCGGGGGGCGAAGAGAUUAGCGACAUACCCAGAAAGGUUCAGCGACGCUCAGAGCCUGACCAUCCUCUUUUCUUCAAAGCCGGCCUAAUGGAUCAUGGUCAUUUAAGAGAGAUGGAGCUGCUCGGCAAGAUCACCAACAGCGGAAGAUUCGAGUCACCUUGGAAGACAUCGAAGCUCGUUGGACUCGUUGUGUGGGAUGAUGAUCUCAAUUGUCUGAUGGGUCUAUUAAUGGAAUACAUUGACGGGAAAACUCUUCGAGAUCGGUCAAGAGAUGCUCCCGAGGCGUUGAAGAAGAAGUGGAUUGAUCAGGUUGAGGCGACGCUAAGACGACUUCAUGAGGUCGGCAUCGUCUGGGGCGAUGUGAAGCCUGACAAUGUCAUGAUUGAUGCAAGUGAGGACGCGGUGCUGGUCGAUUUUGGGGGAGGGUAUACCCCCGAGUAUAUUCCUCAUGAGCUGCAACAGACCCCACAAGGUGAUUUGAUUGGACUGGAUCACAUGAGAGCUGCUAUGGGUAGACGCUUCAAAUACAAGAGAAUGAGCAACCCUGAUAACUGA